GCAGCUCGCUCACUUGCUCUUGGCUCCUGCCACCGCUCAGCCGGCUCAGCCCAGGGGAGCCCGAGCGCCUGGAAGGGAGGGGACAGAGGAGGGAGGGAGUGAGGGCGCGCCCCAGCUUUCCCUCUGCCCUGCAGCCCGCCCUUCUUGCAGCCUCCGGUUCGCCCGGAGCACCGCUCACACUUGGAAAACUUAGGCACCCUGGAGUCCCCUCAGACCAGCCCGGCGGGCACACACCUGCCAGCCUUCCCUGACCUAGCAGCUCUGGCGGCUCCCAAGCCUGAGAAAAUGGCCCAGUCCAAGAUUGACUGCCGCUCACCUGUCGGCCUCGACUGCUGCAACUGCUGCCUGGACCUGGCCCACCGGAGCGGUCUGCAGCAAGGCAACAGUGGGGAAAACAACCCGGGCAGCCCUACAGUGAGCAACUUUAGGCAACUGCAGGAGCAGUUGAUCUUUGAAAAUCUCAAUACUGACAAGCUCAACAGCAUAAUGAGGCAGGAUUCUCUAGAGCCUGUGCUGCGGGACCCCUGCUACCUGAUCAACGAGGGCAUCUGCAGUCCCAACAUCGACCAAACUAUGCUCUCCAUCCUGCUGUUCUUCCACAGUGCCUCUGGAGCCAGUGUGGUGGCCAUUGAUAACAAGAUUGAACAAGCCAUGGAUCUGGUGAAGAAUCAUCUGAUGUAUGCUGUGAGAGAAGAAGUAGAAAUCCUGAAGGAGCAAAUUCGGGAGCUGGUGGAGAAGAACUCCCAGCUGGAACGUGAGAACACCCUCCUAAAGACCCUGGCAAGCCCUGAGCAGCUGGAGAAGUUCCAGUCCAGGCUGAGCCCUGAAGAACCAGCUCCUGAAUCCCCACAAGCCCCCGAGGCCCCUGAUGGUUCUUCAGUGUAAGUGGCUCUGUCCUACAGGGUGGGCAGAGCCACUAAACUUGUUCUACCUAGUUCUUUCCAGUUUGUUUUUGGCUCCCCAAGCGUCAUCUCACGUGGAGAACUUUACACCUAGCAUAGCUGGUGCCAAGAGAUGUCCCAAGGACAUGGCCACCUGGGUCCACUCCAGUGACAGACCCCUGACAAAGAGCAGCCAGGUCUCUGGAGGCUGAGUUGCAUGGGGCCUAGUGACCUCAAGCCAGUGAGCCUCUAAUGCCACCAUAUCCUAGAGACUCCCAGGGCCUGGGCAACUUAUCUGUAACUGGCAAUGGAGAAAGGUAGUUUGAGAUGUGACACCAGUUUGCUCCAGAAAAUAGAAGGGGUCUAUUUUCAUUUCCAUGGACAUCUUCAACAGCUUCACCUAACAAAGACCGUUCCUAUGAAGAAGCCACUUGUGUUUUAAGCAGAGGGAGCCUCUCUUCUCCACUGCCUCACGAGAGCAGGGGGCACAGAUGAGAGAGAUUGAGCCAAGUCAGCCUUCUGUUGGUUAAUAUGGUAUAAUGCAUGGCUUUGUGCACAGCCCAGUGUGGGAUUACAGCUUUGGGAUGACCGCUUACAAAGUUCUGUUUGGUUAGUAUUGGCAUAGUUUUACUGUAUAGCCAUAAAUGCAUAUAUAUACCCAUAGGGCUAGAUCUUUAUCUUAGUGUAGUGAUGUAUACAUAUACACAUACACCUAUGUGUCGAAGGGCCUAACCAGCUUUGGGAAUACUGACUGGUCCUGUACAUCUUAAAGCUAGUUCUUUGACUGUGUUCAUUUACCAGCUUGAUCCAGUUUGUCUUUUAGGUUAAGUAAGACUCAAGAGUAAAAGAGAGAGAGAGAGAGAGAGAGAGAGAGAGAGAGAGAGAGAGAGAGAGGAGCCAGCCUCAGAACAUGGUCACAGAUGCCUUGCUGCUGUCGCCCUUUCCCAUCUGUCCACUGUAGACAGGUGAAGUCCUUUUGAAUAUCAAACCCACCAUUCACUGGUGCUGACUACAUAGAAUGGGGUUAAGAGAAGAUCAGACUGGACUUCAUAUUGCUGUUUGAGAAGUUUCAAAAAUUGUGAAAACUUUCAGGUGAACAGAAAGAUAGAUAGCAUCCUGCCGUGGAUGAGAGUUGGAUGAGGGCCUGGCUUUGAUCCCAUGGAGUCUGGGGGAUAUGCUUGGGAGCUUGUCUGGGGGAAGUUCUGUGACAGAGAAUACUUUCCACUUUCUGACACCUUAUCCUGAUGUAUGUCUCCAGGAUUUGAAUUUUGAUUUUUCAAAUGUAGCUUGAAGUUUCAAUAAAACUUUGCUUUUUUUUUCUAAAAAUA